UUUUUAUUGCUUUUUUGGUUGGUAUUUCUUUAAGGGAAAUUUUUUAUGGUAAUUUCUAUUUUAUAUAUGGAUUACAAUAAAGACUAUUUAUUACUAUUAAUAAAUAAUAAAUAACAUAAAAUAAGUUCAGUAAAGACAAACAAAUAUACAAGAUUUCCAAUCAAAUUCAGAUGUUUCAAUUUAACCGUUAAACAGAACGUGAACAGAACUGUCAAGAUGUAUGUCGAUUCCAUCUAGCAUACAUGAAUACAUGGAUAAGCAUUAUGCUCUUUCCAUUUUUUUAUUCAAAGAAACUAAGCAAAGGAAUAACGGAAUAUAAAACAUAACCUGUGAACAUAACCUCAAAUAAUGAACUUUGAGCUUAUAAACAGAAACGAUAAAAUAAAUAUGUGUUAUUGAUGGAAAUCUACGCCUAUUACCUCUAUGAACAAUAUGAAAUAAGUACAAUAAAAAGUUUAUUCAUUACACGAAAUGGCGUUAAUAGGAAUUAAAGUAAUAGAAUUCGCCGGACUAGCCCCAGUACCAUUUUGUGGUAUGAUACUAGCCGAUUUUGGGGCCACUGUGAUACGCAUUGACAGGAUCAAUUCUUCGAGUGAUAUAGACUGCUUAGGAAAUGGUAAAAGAUCUAUAGCUAUGGAUUUAAAAAACAAAGAAGCUACAAAAAUAAUUAAGAAAUUAGUGAAAACCUCAGACGUGUCAAUUGAGCCCUUUAGACCUGGUAUUAUGGAAAAAUUAGGCCUUGGACCCAACGUACUGAUGCAGGAAAACCCAAAACUAAUAUAUGCUAGAUUAACUGGAUAUGGUCAAUCUGGUCCUUAUUGUACCAAGGCUGGUCACGAUAUAAACUAUUUAGCGAUGUCUGGAUUGUUAUCUUUAUUUGGAAGAAAAAAUGAGAAUCCAAUUUUUCCAGUUAAUUUAGCAGCUGAUUUUGGAGGUGGAGGACUUAUAUGCGCAUUAGGUAUAAUUAUGGCACUUUUUGAGAGACAAAGUUCAGGAUUAGGUCAAGUAAUUGAUGUGAACAUGGUAAAUGGUACAGCUUAUUUAGGAAGUUUUUUGUAUAGGUCACAAAAAUUACCAAUAUGGGGUAAUAAACGUGGUGAAAAUAUCCUUGAUUCCGGUGCUCCCUUUUACGAUACAUACAAAACAAAAGAUGCAAAAUACAUAUCUAUCGGAGCCAUAGAACCUCAAUUCUAUAACCAAUUACUUGAAGGCUUAUGUCUAACAGGGGAUGAUGCACCACAGUUUGAUUUUGAAAAGUCAAGAAAAGCCUUCACCAACAGAAUUGCAGAGAAAACCAGAGAUGAAUGGUGUCAAAUAUUUGAAAAAUUAGAUGCAUGUGUUACACCUGUUUUGGAAUUAAACGAGGCACCCAACCAUGUUCACAACAAUUUACAAAAUAGUUUUACCUCAAAAAAUGAAGAAUACUCUCCAAAUCCAGCUCCAAUUUUAAGUAGAACGCCCGCAGUUUCCACAGCGCCAUUAAAAAGACCCAAAAUAGGGGAACAUACAUAUGAAAUUCUUAAGGAAUUAAAAUUUGACAAUGAAUAUAUUGAUCAUCUGCAGAAAGAAGGUGUUAUUCAAUUAAAUCCAUCAAAAUUGUAAACUUUAUAACUGCUUAAAUACUCUAUUACAAGCAUAGUUUGAAUAAUAGUGAACAUAUAACAACUAUUACCUAUGGUGACUGCAAAAUAUUCUAAGCAAAUAAAUUGAUGAAUGAUCAUAGCAAUGAAAAAGAUUCCCUUAUAAGAAAAGGGCAAAUUACAUUGUACAUGACGAAGUAAUACUUUAAGGAUAUGUAAUCCAGUAUUUAGUGAGAUGGCUAAUCAAAAUAAAUUCAAUGGAUUAAACUUAACAAUUUAAAAGGGACCGUAGCUAAAACCAACUAAUUAACUGAUAAAUAUGUAAAAGUAGAAUAAUUCUGUAAAUAAACAAGUUUUUUUAAUUAACUA